CCGUGGAGGGGACCCAAGAGGACAGAGCCCCCAGCCAAGGCGCCAGGCCCCUCCCUGCCCGCCACCACGGAGAAGGAGGAGGACAGCCAGCCCCUCAGCCCUCGCCUGGCCCAGCGGGGGCAGUGCACUCCUACCUGCCCCUGGCUUGGUACCAACACGGGCCCAGCACAUGAGCAGCCCAGCCUGCUGACCACCGCUCCACACCUGUCCAUCCCCCUACGACCACACCAUGUCCGGCUCUUACGACGAGGCCUCGCUCGCUUCUGAGGAGACCACUGACAGCUUCUGGGAGGUGGGGAACUACAAGCGGACAGUGAAGCGCAUCGAUGACGGGCACCGCCUGUGCAACGACCUGAUGAACUGCGUGCAGGAGCGCGCCAAGAUCGAGAAAGCCUACGCGCAGCAGCUCACCGACUGGGCCAAGCGCUGGCGCCAGCUCAUUGAGAAAGGCCCACAGUAUGGCAGCCUGGAACGGGCCUGGGGCGCCAUGAUGACGGAGGCAGACAAGGUGAGCGAACUGCAUCAGGAGGUGAAGAACAACCUGCUGAACGAGGACCUGGAGAAAGUCAAGAACUGGCAGAAGGAUGCCUAUCACAAGCAGAUCAUGGGCGGCUUCAAGGAGACCAAGGAGGCUGAAGAUGGUUUCCGCAAGGCCCAGAAACCCUGGGCCAAGAAGAUGAAGGAGCUAGAGGCGGCCAAGAAGGCCUACCAUCUGGCCUGCAAAGAGGAGAAGCUGGCUGUGACACGAGAGAUGAAUAGCAAGACGGAGCAGUCGGUCACACCCGAACAGCAGAAGAAGCUGCAGGACAAAGUGGACAAGUGCAAGCAAGAUGUGCAGAAGACGCAGGAGAAGUAUGAGAAAGUGCUGGAAGAGGUGGGCAAGACCACUCCCCAGUACAUGGAGGGCAUGGAGCAGGUGUUUGAACAGUGCCAGCAAUUUGAGGAAAAGCGACUGGUCUUCCUCAAGGAGGUGCUUCUGGACAUCAAACGUCACCUCAACCUAGCUGAGAACAGCAGCUAUGUCCACGUGUACCGGGAGCUAGAGCAGGCCAUCCGGGGGGCCGAUGCCCAGGACGACCUCAGAUGGUUCCGCAGCACCAGUGGUCCUGGCAUGCCCAUGAACUGGCCCCAAUUUGAGGAGUGGAACCCAGACCUCCCUCACACAACCACCAAGAAGGAGAAGCAGCCCAAGAAGGCAGAGGGGGUAGCGCUGACCAAUGCCACCGGGGUGGUGGAGUCCACGUCGCAGGCGGGGGACCGCGGCAGCGUUAGCAGCUAUGACAGGGGCCAGCCGUAUGCCACUGAGUGGUCAGACGAUGAGAGCGGGAACCCCUUUGGGGGCAAUGAGGCCAACGGCGGCUCUAACCCCUUUGAGGACGACGCCAAGGGAGUACGUGUGCGAGCACUCUACGACUACGACGGCCAGGAGCAGGAUGAGCUCAGCUUCAAGGCUGGAGAUGAGCUCACCAAGCUGGGCGAGGAGGACGAGCAGGGUUGGUGCCGCGGGCGGCUGGACAGCGGGCAGUUUGGCCUCUAUCCCGCCAAUUAUGUGGAGGCCAUCUAGCUGCCCUGCUCCCCUCCACACCACCCCUCACUCCUUGCCCUCCCUUCCCACUCUUGUCACCUUCCCUGGCCAUAGAGUUCCAGACAUAUUUUCCGAUCAAGCUUUUAUUUUUUUAAAAGUCAAAACAGAACAAAAUAACUACAAAGAGACGGAGCACUUGCAGGGCCCCCAGAGGCCAGACUGGCGGCACUUGUGGUGAGGGUCUUAGGACUUAGCCCAGCGAAGACAUCACAACAUCCGCUCUUUAGAUCCCACCGAAAAGUCUCCUGAGCCCUGGGAGACAUCUCCCGGACCCUCUUAUUCUGCCUCAGUGCCCCCAUCCCACCCCUUUCCUCUCCACCCCUGGCUGCCAGCACCUGCCCCGUGCCCCUCCCCCACCAUGAUUUCUGAUCUCCUGCCUGGCCUUCUCCCGGUCCACCACCACUUACUCGCAGAGGCCUCCCCUCCAACCCCAGACAAGGGGCCUCCCAGUGUUAAGUCUUCCACUGUGCCCCGGGGAGCCCCCUUCUUCCCUGGCCUCACCCUCUGGAAGAGGAAUCGUCACCCUCUUCUCCCGUAGAGGUUGCUAGGUGCCCCUUGACUCCCUCAGACGUGAACAGGGUCGAGCCGGAGUCGGAGUCGCUGACAGAGUCACUGUGCUGUAGGAGGGUGUGUGAAGGGGGAGCUGGCCCUCAGACCUCCCAAUGCUGGGCUCGGCUGAGGGACCAGGACCCUGCUAGGGCCCUUCUUUCCAGCUGACUGCACUUCAGGCCUGGGCUCUUUCUCAGAGACAUACCCUUCUGUACUUACAGAGUCACCCCACACACAAGUCCUCAGGCAGGGGGAGGGGCCCCAAAGCACAGGGCAAAGCCAGCAACAGUAGCACCCUCCUCCUAUUCCCUGAGGGGGAGGGCAUCUUGCUCACUCACUCAACCCUUCUUCCCUCCCCACUCACCCACCCUCCUUCCCUCCACAUCCAUCUGAAGCCAGAGGAGCACCAGCUUCAGCCUGCCCUCAGGAGAUCAAGCUUUGGGGUCUCCCAUUCAUCUGGCCUGCCUGGGGAGACACCCUUGGGAGCUUCUAGCCUGGGAGCAUCAGGGAAAGCCUGCAGCCAAUAGGAGAGGCUUGGGAAUGGCCAGAGGGAGGAGCCCUGGCCCUUAGGAGCAGGGCAGUCACCACAUCUGUCUGCCUUCUCCCCUCCAUCACCACAGCCCUGGCCCUGGAGCAGCAUUCCCUCUGCUGGCAGCACCUCCCCCCGAACCCUCCCACCCCCGUCUCUGCAGGCCUGGGUCUCAGUUAAAGGACUUUGGGGUGGGAGGAGACAAGGGCCUGCCCAGAGCAGCAGUGUUUCCUGUGGCUGGUGAAAGAAAGUAGCACUUGAUUACUCUAAGGACCAGCCUCUCCCAUGGCAGUGGGGGCAGGGUGGCUGGGUCCCGAGAAGUGAGGGACUAACUGGAAAAGGAAUCUCCCGGAACCUCUGCGCUGAGGUCCUGAGACUUCCCGAGGCACCAGGUGAGCCUGACGGUGGUGCCGCUUCUGGGCUUCAGGGCUGCAGACACCCUGCUCCCUCCCUAACACCUGGCCCUGGGCCUCUAGGUGAAGACAGUGUCUACCCCAGACCCUCCAUCACCCAUCAGCCUCUUGCUCCUUGCUUUUUCUUCCCACAGUCUCCUGUUAGGUCACAGGCCCCAGCCUCAAAGCCCUGACCCUGUUCAUGUGGCACAGAGAAUCCUGGCAUACUCGGGCAGGGACCGGAGCUGGGACAGGCCUUGCUCAAGGCCAGGAAAGUUGGGGGGUGGGGACAAUGGCACCUCUAGGGACAGGCAGACUCUUCUCCACAGCACACUCCUUAUCACUGCUCUGUGGGCCUCCAUUGCAGCCUGAGCUAUCCCCUCAGGGCCUGGAGCAAGAUUUUGGAAAACUUCAGCCCUUCCCAUGCCAGAACAAAAGCCCCUUCUGCCUCUCCUCCAAGCAGGAGCUGGAGUUGAGGGCCCUUUUCCACCUACUGCUGGGAGUCAGACAGCUGCCCAUCUGCACCGUGGAGCCCAGGCUCCCUCUGUCUGUGCCAGCAGGUUCCUAGCACUUGGGGAGAGGCAGUGACUGGCUGUCCCCCUCAGCGCUCUAGCUGCCCACUCUGCGGCAGGGACUUGAAACCCAAUUCCUUCUGAGCAGUGGGUCCCUGGGCUCCUCGGGCCCUGGAGUGGAGGGUCUCACCUGGAAGACCCCCUGAGCUCCCGGGGCCCAGGCCCGCCUGUCAGCACUGACAUCAGGGCGUUCAGCAUCAAGCGCAGGGCCCGUGCCCUCACUGAGCCCACUGCCUCCUGUAGCCCCCUGCCCACACCCUCAAUGCUGCACGGGCCGCUCUGUAGGGCUCAACGAGUGAUGUGUUUCUUCCUAAGUUAACCACCGUUCUGUGCCCUGGCUCUGCCUGGAGCCAGGGCCGCCCUGCCGCCGCCCUCAGCCGCCCUCGGCUUCCUGACUCCAUUCGUCCGACACUUGUGAAACUCCGAGAAGUGCUGUGGUCUCAGCAAUGCACCUGUUUUGUACAUGAUUGUGUAAUUUAAAGGUAUAUAAAUACAAAUAUAUAUAUAUA